CAGGUAAAAUCACAAUUUUGCAACUGUGUUAAAUUUUAAUGUGCUGCGUUUUUCUGAGAUGAUGACAUUCUAUCGAAAUUGUUUACAAUCUUGUAUACUGUUUCUUUACCUGGUGAACGAUGUGUAUGCAGUCGGGACAGGACGUUUAUGUGGAUUUAAUGCUACAGCCACCAUUGUCAGUGGGCGACUCAACUCACCUAACUGGCCCAACCAAUAUCCUGAGAGAAGUGAUUGCAAAUGGACAUUAACUACUACUUCCCGCAACCUACAUGUCAAAUUAACCAUCAGCAGAUUUUUCACCGAAGCAUGUUGUGACUAUCUUCAAAUCAAAGAUGACCAGGAUAAUGAACUUGCAAAACUAAAGGGUUCCUACUCUCAUAAAACAUAUACUGCACAAGUUCUUCACCUACAUUUCCAUUCAGAUGGUUCAGUACAAGGAAAAGGCUUUAAUGCUUCAUUUGUUGAAACAGCUGACCUACCUACAACAACACCUAUACCAACUACAACACCAGCGACAUCUUGUGGAUUUGAGGUACUAGCAACCGAUGUAGAGCAACUAUUAAAUUCACCAAACUGGCCGUCUAAUUACGAUAAUAGCCAAGACUGUCGGUGGUCUUUGACCGCUUCUGUUGGAAAAUUUGUUCAAUUUAACCUUCACGAGUUUUUAACAGAGAGUUGCUGUGAUUACUUGCAGAUCAGAGAUGGCCAGGACAAUGAACUUGCGAAACUAAAGGGUUCCUACUCUCAUAAAACAUAUACUGCACAAGUUCUCCACCUACAUUUCUAUUCAGAUGGUUCAGUACAAAAAAAAGGCUUCAAUGCUUCAUUUGUUGAAACAGCUGACCUACUAACAACAACACCUAUACCAACUACAACACCAGGUUGUUUAUCAUUUGGUCUCGACCUUAUGUUUCUAUUGGAUGGUUCAGACUCAUUGAACACAAUUGAUUUUGAAUAUUCAAUAAAUUUUGUGAAGCAAGUUUCUGACACAUUUAAUUUGAAUCAAACCAGAAUUGGUAUUAUGCAAUUUUCACAUUGGUUCAGUGACAGAGAAGCAUCUAGACAAGAGUAUUUAAAAACAGAAAUUGAAUUGGGACAAUAUUCAUCUAAUGCUCAAUUUAAUUUGAUAGCAGAAAAGAUUAGACAUCAUCACAGAAGUACAGCGUAUACAGCACAUGCUAUAGAGCAAGCAAUAAUGAAUGAUCUUGCUGGAUCCGAAAGAUUUCAUGACCCAUGCAGGAAAAAGGCAAUCGUCGUGGUAACAGGGGGGUCAGCAACAGACAGUUCUCAUUUACGAAGUGUUGCAAACAAAGCAAGCGAAAGACAGAUCGUCUUAAUUGCUGUUGGUGUAAAUAAAUAUUCUCUCAUACAGCUUAGGCAAAUAACACAGAGCAGAAUUGACAGUACUGAGAAUGUACAUGUAAUACAAGAUUUUGAUCGACUUCAUGAGCUUGUGCCAGAUGUUAGUCAUGAUUUGCAUAGAUUGCAAAAUAUGCCAUAAAUUACUCUAUAUUUCAGCCACAUCUCAAUGGAAUCCACCCUUGUUUCUAACUCCACCACAUUUUAACUGCUUUGUAUAACAUUCACAAUCAUCCAUUAAUUUUUGAACUCCAUCUCCAAGAAGUCGAAUCAGCCACCCUUAUGACCAGUGUCAACUUGUUAACAGUUAUAACAGUGCUUAUUAUAUGAUUAGUCCGACGCCGUAGCAUAGUUGGUUAGUGAGCCUGCCUCCAACCCAGAGGUAAUGGGUUGUUGCUGCUGCCAUUGUGGGUGUAUGUGUCCUUGGGCAAGACGCAAUUUAUCCAACCCAGUGGUUACUAAUGGGUUGUCUAAAUUAUCAGACACAUAUAAAAACCAUCCUCCCAAAGUAAUCACCCGCAAAGUACAACACACAUGGUAGCUCGUAAGCUGGCACGAGGUGUAUGAAACAGAACACCUGUGUUAUAACAAUUAUUGUUUUCUGGCCACACAAGCAUAAAGUAAGUUACAUUCAUUCAUAACCUGUUGGAGUUUAAGGAUUCGAGUACCCAGCAUCAGGCUUCCGAGUUAUGUGCAUUUUUAUAAAAGACAUACACCCAAACUGUUGUUGUCCAAACCCAGUGAUCACUAAUGUGUCAUCCAAAUUUUUGCCAUGAAUACAAAUAAAAGUAUAUCAUUUUAAA